AGGCAGGAUUUACCUUCUCUGUGCUCUGGAAUGGGCAGAUCUUCCCCAGCCUGGCUCCUGGAGAAGCUCACAAAUGUGGAGCAGGAAGAUCGUGCUGGAUUCCAGUAGGAAGGUCCAGCUCCUCCAGCUGGGAGGGACUGAAGGAGGCAUCCAAAAGCAAAGCUGGGUUUGAUGGGAGACUGGGCUGGUGCCUAAAGGUUUCCACAUGGACACAGAAUGGGAAGGAGGAGGUGAAGAGUCGCCUGGAAUGGGCUGGACAGGAAGGGUGGGCUUGACAUGUGACCCAAUCUUUGCUUUAAUAUGAGAAUAAUGAGAGGAAUGGGAGGGUGAAGCAAUGGGCAUUGCAACACCGCUGGUGGACGUAACCCCGGGGUUACUGGUCAAACUGGGGCACCCUCCAGCAUGGCCAGAGCCUGAGGACAUCUCUGUCACCUCCAGGGGACACGGGAAGGUGUGGGUGGAAGAGCAGCACAGCUGGGACAGUGCUGCAGAGAUGUUGGGCUGAGGGCAGGUCCUGCCUGGUGAGGGGCAGGAGGGCUGGGAUGGGCCCAGUGGAUGUGACCUUCCCAGUAGUGGCCUGAGGGGACUGGGAGACCCCCAGAGACCCCUCGGGGUUGUGUGGAGGCACGGGGGGCUCUCGCUGCUCCCAGCUCCUGAGCCAGGGUCACCUCUGGGCAGCAGCACAGGGAUGUCCCUCCUUUCCCCAUCCCUGGAGGUAUCCCAGGCCAGGCUGGAUGGAGCUUGGAGCCACAUGGGAUAGUGGGAGGUGUCCCUGCCCAUGGCAGGGGGUGGCACUGAAUGAUGGCUUUGAGGUCCUUCCCACCCAAACCAUCCUGGAAUUCUGUGAUUCCCUGAUUUGGGCCAUGGACCAGCAGGGCUGAGAGAUGCUGCUGGGGGCUGACACGGGCCCGGUGUCCCUGUGACAAGGACCUGGUUCCAGGAGUUUCCAGGGGACUGUGUUUCCUGUGUGCCCAUUGCAAGGCACUAGAGCAGGAGGAGAGGUUAAUUACACCCUGUGCUAAUUGCAUCCAUGAAAACACCUCAUGCAACACAACCCCUGGCUGCCAACUGGGCCAAGGGCUGGCACCUCCUGCAGCUCGGGCUGGAAGCAGCGGGUGGCAGAGCUCAGCCCCCAGGCACUGUGGGGACCUUGGGGACAGAUGCUGGGCCUUGGGAGGGGAAGGGCAGAGGGGCUCCUGCUGCACAAAUUGAGCAGGGCUGGGGAGCACUGGUGCUACAUUCCUGCUGUCAUUCCAGGUGGGAGAUGUCUUCCAAUAAUCUGAUGCUCUGCAGGGUGAGGUUUGGGUGCUAGCAGGUGACUGUGGCCAGCCUGGCUGGGAUGAUGGCCAUGGACCAGGAGCAGCUCCUGCUGUCCCCACCAGCUAAGACUCCCUUUCCCAGGGCUGGCAUCCCCGUAGGCAGCAGAGAUUCCCAGGACAGGGACACUUUUGUGCUCAGCAGAUUGGAUCUUACCAGUCUGGAGUCACUGCAGUGGCUCUUAGCAGCCCGGGAGGGCCCUGUCAGCGCUGACACCUCGGGUGACUCAGGGUCCCGCCGUGACUCAUGGCCACUCUCCACCCUUGGAGGGGUGUCCUGCUUCCACCCGAGCCGCUCCAUCCCCGGGGAUGAGAUCCACACCGAGCCUUUCCCUGGGCCAGCCCCAGCCACCCACGCAGGAUCCUCCUGAUUCACCUGCCACGCUCCUGGCAGCCCCGGCCACUCACUCGGAUCCCGUCCCAGCCGUGGGCUGAGCUUGGGGCGGCCCCAUGGACGUGCUGCUGCUCCACGGGCUGCUGCUCCUGCCCCUGGCAGCGCUGCUGCUCUAUAGGUGCAGCCCCUGUUUCCAGUACCUCUGCAAGGUGGCCUUUUUCAACUGCUGGAUCGUGGCCAUGGCCACCCUGCUGUCCCCCUUUGCUGCCUUCUGGGGACGCUCCGUGGACAACAUGAAGCUCCUGCGUGCCGCGCUCCUGCCCCUCAAGCGCUUCUACGGCAUCAGGAUGCGGGUGAGGGGCGCGGAGCAGCUGCAGCUGCAGGGGCCCUUCGUGAUCGUCUGCAACCACCAGGCUUCCCUCGACCUCAUGGGAAUGGUGGAGGUUAUUCCCGAGCGCUGCGUGCCCAUCGCCAAGCGGGAGCUGCUGUACCUGGGCACGGUGGGCUGGGCCUGUUGGCUCAGUGGCAUCAUCUUCAUCGACCGCCACCGCAGGGACGCGGCCAUCGAGGUCAUCUCCCACACUGCCAGCACCAUGCGGCAUGAGAACCUCCGUGUGUGGGUUUUCCCUGAAGGCACCAGGAACCCUGGCAAAUCCAUGCUGCCCUUCAAGCGUGGGGCUUUCCACCUGGCCGUGCAGGCACAGGUUCCCAUUGUUCCCAUUGUGAUCUCCCCGUACUGGGACUUCUUCAGCUCCAAGGAGAAGAGAUUCACCUCUGGGACCUGCACCAUCCGAGUCCUUCCCAGGGUGGAAACGCGGGGCCUGAGCCCAAAGGAUGUCCCCGAACUGACCGAGAGUGUCCGCCAGGCCAUGGCUGAGGCCCUGGCCGAGAUGUCCAUGAGUGACCACGGGGACCAGGCCACGGAGCAGCCUCUGCUGGGGCUGGGGGACAACAGGGGCAGGCCCCAGGGCCAGGGGGACACAGCCAGGAACAGCAAAUAGGCAGAGGGAGUGAGUCCCUCGGGCACAGCAGGGAGGUGUCCCUUGUCCCCUGAGGAGGUGUCCUGCAGCCCUGCCACCGCCCCGGCAGGACGGUGCCCUAAGGGGAGCAGAGCAGGGCAGGAUGGGACCAGGCAGCACCCCCAAAACAGAGCAAGGUACCCCCUAAAACCCCUCGUUGUGACUGUGCAUCCCCUCGAUGUCUGUGCUGGAUGUGGAGCUGUGGCUGUCCCCGGGAUGGCUCCUGCCUGCCUGCUGGGCAGGGGAGGGAUACUCCAGGCAGGGCUGAGGGUUCCCAGCCCCAUUUUCCACCCCUGAUUAUUGGGUUCCCCCAUGGAUUCUCCUUCCAAAGGCUCCUACAAGCUGGAAAUGCUGCUUGGAUGCAGUCAGCUCUGGGGAGGGGCCCAGAGUGUGUGGCCUGGGGGACACACGAGGUCCAGGGGAGGUUGCCAGGGGGGGCAGAGCAUCCUUGGAGCUGAGCUGUGAGCCAAGGGUGGAACAUUAAAGAGUCCGG